AUGCCGAUAACUACCAAGUCCGACGGUAUGACAGCAACAAGUAUUCAGAACAAAAAGGUUUUAAAUCAAGAUGUUAAGAAACUUCUCGAAAAAUUAUCUUCUAUUACUGGUGGAGAAGAUGAACGUUCCGCAGUUGCCAAGUCUUUGGUUUCAUAUAUUGAAAGUCAUGGUGGUGCAAAAUGUUUAGAUCAAACCAAGAUUAUUGAAGUAUUAGAAAAAGAUCUCCAAUCCAAAAAGAAUCAAGUUGCUCGGUUGAAUGCCAUUGAAACUAUUCAUACAAUGUUAUUAUCUGGUCCUAUUACUGAACCUUAUCUAGUUCCUUUUCUCUCUACUUUUUUGGAACUUCAAGCAGAUAAACAAGCUAUAGUCAAACAAAAAGCAGAAGAAAUUGCCAACAAGUUAUGUAUCAAGGUGAAUCCCCAUGCAACUGCCAUCAUUGUCCCUUAUCUUUUGAAAGGUUUGGAAAAUUCCUCCAAGUGGCAAACCAAGAUGCUCUCAUUACGUCUUUUGGAAUUAUUGGUCAAGACUCAUCCUGAACCCUUUUAUAUUACUAUCCCUGAAGUGAUUCCUGUUGUAUCUGGUUGUAUGUGGGAUACAAAAGCUGAUGUCAAGAAACAAGCCACUACUACUAUGGGUGUCAUUUGUGCAUUAAUAGAAAACAAGGAUAUUGAACGUUUUAUUCCUGCUGUCAUUGGUUGUAUUAAUCAUCCUGAAAAUGUACCUGAAACAAUUCAUCUUCUUGGUGCUACUACUUUUGUUCAUGAAGUUGAUACUGCUACUUUAUCUAUCAUGGUUCCUUUACUCAGUCGUGGUCUUCAAGAAAGAGCUACCCCUAUCAAACGCAAGUCAGCAUUGAUCAUUGACAAUAUGUGCAAACUAGUGGAUGACCCUGAAGUGGCUGCUCCUUUUUUACCUCUUCUCUUACCUGCCCUUGAAAAAGUACAAGAUAUGGUGGCUGAUCCUGAAUGUCGUGGUGUAGUUCAAAAAGCAUUAGUGACUUUGAAGAGUGCUGGUGGUAAUUCUUCUACAGAACAAAAACAACAAUCUGCUAUUAUUCUUUCCAAGCAAGAAAAAUCUGCCAAAGUCGAUACAGCAUUCAAGGCUCUUUUACCCAGCAAGGUGGAUGGCUCUUUGGAAGUAGUGGUACGCUAUAUCAAGGAUAUUGCAUUGAAUUUAUGUAUUGCCAAAAACUUUUUCAAGCAAGUCUGGAUUGAUUCUUUGGUCCCUUAUCUUUUGAUGCUUCCUAAUACUAAUAAAACUGAUGCUGAAGGUCUUGCUUCCAUGGCUUUAGACAAAUGUGAAGAAGCAGUGACUCCCAAGGAUACUGAAGAAGAUGAUGACGAAGGUGAAGAUUUGUGUAAAUGUGAAUUCUCACUUGCUUAUGGUGCCAAAAUCUUAUUGAAUCGUACUUCCUUACAUCUCAAACGUGGUCGUAGAUAUGGUCUUUGUGGUGCUAAUGGUUGUGGCAAGUCGACUUUGAUGCGUGCUAUUGCAAAUGAACAAGUAGAUGGAUUUCCACCCAAAUCAGAACUCAAGACAGUUUAUGUGGAACACGAUAUUGAUGGUUCUGAAGCAGAUACUCCAUUGAUUGACUUUAUUAUAUCUUCUCAAGGUGUAGAGACAAAGGAUCGUGAUCAAGUUCACAAGAUUUUGCGUGAAUAUGGAUUCACUGAAGAAAUGGUUACUUCUAUGCCUAUUGGUGCUCUUUCUGGUGGAUGGAAGAUGAAACUGGCUUUAGCUCGUGCUAUGUUAAUGAAUGCUGAUAUUUUGUUAUUGGAUGAACCUACUAAUCACUUGGAUGUGGUAAAUGUGGCUUGGUUGGAAAACUAUCUUCUUGGACUCAAGACUGUAACCUCCAUGAUUGUUUCUCAUGAUUCUGGUUUCUUAGAUCAUGUAUGUUCUGAUAUCAUUCAUUAUGAAGCCAAUUACAAACUCAAACGUUACCGUGGAAAUCUAUCAGAAUUCGUCAAGAAAGUCCCCAAGGCUGCAUCUUAUUAUUCUUUGGAAGCUUCUCAAAUUCAUUUUGCUUUUCCUGAACCUGGUUACUUAGAAGGCAUCAAAACAAAGGAACGUGCUAUCUUGAAAAUGAAGAAUGUUGAUUUCCAAUACCCUGGUACAAAUCGCAAGCAAUUGAUCAACAUUAGCAUGCAGUGUUCUUUAGCUUCUCGUGUUGCUGUCAUUGGUCCCAAUGGUGCUGGUAAAUCCACUUUGAUCAAGUUAUUGACUGGAGAAAUUGAAUCUGAUAUUGGAACAGUAUGGAAACAUCCCAACCUUCGUAUCGCUUAUGUGGCACAACAUGCUUUCCACCAUAUUGAAAAGCACUUGGAUAGCACACCAAAUGAAUAUAUUCAAUGGAGAUAUGCAACUGGAGAAGAUCGGGAAGAACUAGAAAAAGUAGAUCGUGUGAUCAAUGAAGAUGAAGAAAAACAAAUGAAUCAAACCUUUGUUAUUGAUGGAGAAAAACGCGUGGUGGAAGAUCUCGUUGGACGUCGAAAACUGAAACAGUCGUAUGAAUAUGAAGUAUCCUGGAAAGGUCGAUCUUCUGUGGACAAUACAUGGCUUUCACGACAAAAAUUAGAAAACAUGGGAUUUGCAAAAAAGAUUGCCGAAGUGGAUGCAUUGGAAGCGGCCAAGUUGGGAUUGAAUCGACCACUGACAUCCAAAGAAAUUGAAAAGCAUUUAACUGAAAUUGGAUUGGAACCUGAAUUCGCUACUCAUUCUCGUAUUCGUGGUCUUUCUGGUGGACAAAAGGUCAAAUUGGUCAUCGGUGCUGCUAUGUGGAAUAAACCACACAUGUUGGUGUUGGAUGAACCUACUAAUUACCUGGAUCGUGAAUCUCUAGGUGCUUUGGCAACAGCAAUCAAGAACUAUGGCGGAGGUGUGGUCAUUGUCACUCACAACCGUGAAUUCUCUGAAGCCUUAUGUAGUGAAGUUUGGAAGGUAGAUAAUGGUGAACUAGUCGCUUCUGGUCACAAUUGGGUCUCUGGUAACGGCACUACCAAAAUUGAUGAAAAAGAAGACGAAGAUCAAGUUGAUGCUCAAGGAAAUACUGUCAAAGCUAAUAAGAAGAAAGUCAAACUUACUUCCAAGGAACUUCGAAAGAAGAAGAAGGAACGUAUGGAACGCCGAAAGAGGUAA